AUGGAUGAUGUAUCCGAAGGCAAAGAUUUCUCGUUCCCAAAACAAGAAGAGAAGAUCUUAGAAUGGUGGACUGAAGUCAAAGCAUUUGAAACGCAGCUUGAAAAAACCAAAGACCUACCGGAAUACAUCUUCUACGAUGGCCCUCCGUUUGCCACUGGUUUACCUCACUACGGCCACAUCCUUGCUGGAACAAUCAAGGACAUCGUCACUCGGUACCAGACCAUGACCGGCCACCACGUCACACGGCGGUUCGGUUGGGACUGCCAUGGCUUGCCGGUGGAGCAUGAGAUUGACGUCAAGCUAGGGAUUAAGACCAGAGAGGAUGUGAUUAAGAUGGGGAUUGGUAAUUACAAUGAGGAAUGUAGGAGUAUUGUUACUCGGUACGUUGGGGAAUGGGAGAAGGUAAUUACGAGGACGGGGAGGUGGAUUGAUUUUAAGAACGAUUACAAAACGAUGGAUUUGAAUUUCAUGGAGAGUGUUUGGUGGGUGUUUUCUCAGUUAUUUAAGAAAAACCUUGUUUACAGAGGGUUUAAGGUGAUGCCCUACAGUACAGGCUGCAAGACUCCAUUGUCAAAUUUCGAGGCUAAUUCAAACUACAAGGAAGUGCCUGAUCCUGAAAUAAUGGUGACAUUUCCAAUCGUUGAUGAUCAAGAAGGUGCUGCAUUUGUUGCAUGGACAACCACACCAUGGACACUGCCUAGUAAUCUUGCACUUUGUGUCAACUCUAAUCUUGUAUAUGUCAAGGUGAAGAGCAAAUCCAAUGGAAAAAUCUAUGUAGUUGCUGAAUCUCGAUUAUCAGAGCUUCCAGUAGAAAAGGCAAAGAAAGGAACACCAAAUGGAGCUGUGGAUGACAAGUCCAAGGGAAAAACUAAAAGCUCUGUGGUGGCUUAUGAAGUGUUGGAUAAAUUUCCAGGAUCUUCACUUGUGGGUAAAAAGUAUGUGCCAUUAUUUGAUUAUUUCAAAGAAUUCUCAGAUGUGGCAUUCCGAGUUGUUGCGGAUGAUUAUGUAACUUCAGAUAGUGGAACUGGAAUUGUUCACUGUGCUCCAGCAUUUGGUGAAGACGAUUAUCGUGUUUGUUUGGAAAAUCAAAUCAUUAAUAAGGGAGAAAAUCUAGUUAUGGCAGUUGAUGAUGAUGGCUGCUUUACAGAAAGAAUUACUGAUUUCAUUGGUCGAUAUGUCAAAGAGGCAGAUAAAGAUAUCAUUCAAGCAGUGAAGGAGAAGGGCAGGCUGGUCAAGACUGGAAGCUUUACACAUUCAUAUCCAUUUUGUUGGAGAUCUGAUACCCCUCUUAUCUACAGAGCAGUUCCCAGCUGGUUUGUAGCAGUAGAGAAGUUGAAAGAUCAAUUGCUAGAAAACAAUGAGAAAACAAAAUGGGUUCCUGCUUUUGUGAAGGAAAAAAGAUUUCAUAAUUGGCUUGAAAAUGCAAGAGAUUGGGCCAUUAGUAGAAGUAGAUUUUGGGGCACUCCUCUUCCUAUUUGGAUCAGUGAAGAUGGUGUAGAUAUUGAAGUUAUUGGUUCUGUUGAAGAACUUGAAAAGCGUUCAGGGGUGAAAGUUACUGAUUUACAUCGCCACAAAAUCGAUCACAUCACAAUUCCUAGCCCACGUGGUGAAAAGUUUGGUGUGCUUCAUCGUGUAGAAGAUGUAUUUGAUUGUUGGUUUGAGAGUGGGUCAAUGCCAUAUGCAUAUAUCCACUACCCUUUUGAAAAUGAAGAAUUCUUUCAAAAAAAUUUCCCUGGACAUUUUGUUGCAGAGGGCUUAGAUCAAACUCGUGGAUGGUUUUACACUCUGAUGGUGUUGUCAACUGCAUUAUUUGAGAAACCUGCAUUUAGGAAUCUCAUCUGCAAUGGCCUUGUGUUGGCUGAAGAUGGUAAAAAGAUGAGCAAAAGAUUGAAGAACUAUCCUUCUCCCAUGGAAGUCAUUGAUGAUUAUGGAGCUGAUGCACUACGAUUAUACAUUAUAAAUUCUCCAGUAGUGCGUGCAGAACCUUUACGCUUCAAAAAGGAUGGAGUCUAUGGUGUUGUGAAAGAUGUAUUUUUACCAUGGUACAACGCGUAUAGAUUCCUUGUACAAAAUGCAAAAAGACUUGAAGUUGAGGGGCUUCCACCAUUAGUUCCUCAUGAUCCAACCACUCUUCUCAACUCAGCUAAUGUUCUUGAUCAAUGGAUCAAUUCAGCCACUCAGAGUCUUGUUCAUUUUGUCAGACAAGAAAUGGAUGCUUAUCGACUCUAUACUGUUGUUCCUUAUCUGUUGAAGUUCAUUGACAAUUUGACGAAUAUAUAUGUAAGAUUUAAUCGUAAGAGACUUAAAGGUCGCACUGGAGAAGAAGAUUGCAGAAUUGCACUUUCAACUCUCUACCAUGUGCUUUUAACUUCUUGUAAAGCAAUGGCUCCAUUUACACCCUUCUUCACUGAAGUUCUUUAUCGAAACUUGCGAAAAGUAUCAAAUGGAUCAGAGGAAAGCAUUCACUAUUGCAGUUUCCCUCAAGUAGAAGGAAAGGGGGGAAGUCGUAUUGAACAAAGUGUUAACAGAAUGAUGACAAUUAUCGAUCUUGCACGUAAUAUUCGCGAACGCCACAAUAAACCUCUCAAGACUCCACUUAGGGAGAUGAUUGUUGUACAUCCAGAUGCUGAGUUUCUUAAUGACAUUGCUGGGAAACUGAAAGAGUAUGUGUUAGAGGAGCUGAAUGUUAAAUCUGUUGUUCCCUGCAAUGAUCCUUUGUUGUAUGCUUCUUUACGCGCUGAACCUGAUUUCAGUGUUUUGGGAAAAAGACUGGGGAAGUCAAUGCGAGUAGUUGCUGAAGCAGUGAAAGCAAUGUCACAGGAAGAAAUUUUAGCUUUUGAAAAAUCAGGAGAAAUUACCAUUGCUAAUCACUGCUUAAAGCUCUCUGAUAUCAAGAUUGUGCGUGGAUUUAAACGACCCGAUGGAGUGACCGAAGACCAAAUGGAUGCAUCUGGUGAUGGUGAUGUGUUGGUAAUAUUGGACUUACGCCCUGAUGACUCCUUGUUCGAAGCUGGUUUUGCACGUGAGGUGGUUAACCGUAUCCAAAAAUUACGGAAGAAAUCUGCGCUUGAGCCCACCGACAUUGUGGAGGUCUACUUCAAGUCCUUGGAUGAAGACAAAUCAGUAACUGCCCAAAUUUUAAAAUCUCAGGAAGCAUAUAUCAAAGAGGCGAUAGGUUCUCCUUUGCUAGACUCUAGCCUAACUCCAGAACACGCUGUAAUGAUUGCUGAGGAGACGUAUCACAACAUUUCAAAUUGCAACUUUCAGAUCACACUCUCAAGACCAGCUUUAGCUUUUAACAAUAAAGCGAUUCUUCAUUUAUAUUCAGGGAAUGCGAAAUAUGCAAAUGCAUUGAAGGUAUAUUUGUUGUCCAGGGACCACUUUAAUCUCAAAACAGAAUUUCUAGUGGGAAUUAACAAGAUUAAAGUGGAUUGCAUUGAAAAUCAGCCCGCUAUUGAUGUGGUGUUGGGAGAACACAUGUUCUUAACAGUUGGGGAUUAUUACUCCCAAACCACCACCAACAACUUUUCUUGAAAUAACUUUUACUAUAAUGAUUAAGAGGUUUGUCAAUUAAAAAUGUUGUUUUUUUUUUUUUUUUAAUGAAGAAAAUGGAACAAGGAAG